AAAAGUGCACUGUCGCAGAACCGCCGUUGAACUAGCAAACCUGCGGUUUGGAUUUUAAAAACGUAACUUAUCCGCGUAAAUCACGACCACACAAAAUGAUCCCCGAACUCCAGACGGCGAUCCAGACGGUCCAGGAGAACCUGUACCGCGGGUUUGUCAGCUCCAAGCGAAGCGGUAUCGACUGGUUGAACACUGUUUGCGGCGACUUCAACAAGCUGUUUGCGGUGUUGCACAAAUUUCUGGUGUUUGAGGGGUGCGGCCGGGUUGGCACGAUGGAGAUGUCCUUUCUGUGUCUGUCGCAGAUUGUCGUGUGCAUUCGAUACCUGGAGCGAACGCUGAUUGCUGAGCAGGAGAACCAGUGCGUUUUGUCGUCGACUCGUCAGUUCUUUCUGGAUCGGAUAGUUUGGUGUAUUUCAAAAAUUAAAGCGUUGGCCGAGGAUAGCAGCCUUCAGCAGGAGAGCUCAACUGAGUCCAAUUUUGUCAACUUUCUAGAUCUGGCCUUAAAUCUUGUGGGUCCGAUGACGAUCGCAUUCAACGACAAUGGUCAGGACCAGGACAUUUAUCGCGCCGAGCAGGACGCCGAGGCCAUGAUGGAGAGUGCCAGAAUCCGGUCGGUGGUCGAGGCUUUGAUAACGCAAACGUUUGCGUUUGGUAACGUACUGGAGGAUGAAGAUCGCGCCAAGUUGACCUUGGUUUGUCAAAAAGUUCUGAAGGAGUGUAUCGCGCUGGAGAAAGAGUCGGCGCUGGUUGAGGGUCGACCGGAUGCGCAGAGUAGACGGUUGAGAGCCAGCGUGCUGGAGGCGGCCAUUUAUCAGUUGGAGGCGCAAGUUAACGAUUGUUUGUUGAAGUUGGUCUACGAAACGUUUGCCGAGCUCGAUCAGAACGUGAUCCGAGAGAUGAGACGGUUGGUGAAGGAGGAGGCGUCGGAGGAGCAGAUUGACGGGAUGGCAAACCGUUUCGACGCGAUGUUUGAUAAGAUUAUGCAAAUUGGACUGUUUGCAAUUUCCUACGCAGAUAAUAACAAAGCGGCCUCAACUAUUCGAAGCUGUCUGGCUUCCGUGGAAGCUCUGGAUUCGUAUCUGAUUCCGUCGAUUUACGUUCCGUGCAACCAUCACUCGAACUUGCUGGAAGCGCACUGGUUAGAGGAGUCUUCGCUAUUGCGCUACCACGUGCAACGCAUUAUCGAUAGUAACGCAUUUUCUUCAGCCUUGAUUGAAAUUCUGGAUACAGGAAUCGAUCGCUUGAAGGACUCUUUUGAACCGAUGGAAGCAAAAAAGUUGCUUGCCAAAGCGGAAGUCUUCCGGCAGCACAUGGAAUUUAACGGGUCCGAACUGUGCUUGUUCCAGGAACCACUCAAGAUUCACUUUGAAGACUUCAAAAUGAUGCUCCUUGAGUGCAAAGCCAUCCUACGAUGUUCAGCGGAAGACCCAAUCAUUGCAACGGACCGCAUCCUCAAACGAUUCCGUAUUCUGCUCACUAAACUGAGAAAGAUCCAACUCGCCAUCAGCGUUGGCAAAUCCAAGGAACCAACCAAGGACGCCGAAGCCGACCACAAACCCGCGCUCCACCUCCCCCAGACCGACGAGGAAAAGGAGGUCGAUCGCAGCGUGCAGGAAUUCUUCUCCACCAGCGUGGUACGGCCCUCGACCACGAGCAUCCUCUACCAGAGCCGACGCGGUCCACCGGGAACGGCGCGAAGAAACACGACCGCCUCGCCGUCCCUGCUGCUGGACGUCAACAGCUAUUCCGACGUGACGGCCGAGUUGCGCCAGCGGGCGGAAACAACGCCGGAAAAGAGUGCUGGGAGGAAGGGAAAGAAGCCGGUGGUCAAGCGGAACAGUUUGAGGGUGGCGAUGUUCAAGCGCGUGCAGUGCCGGGAAACGGCGGAGUUUUUCGAAAGCUUCAAAAGCGAUAUGGAGCUGCAGAUUACGGAGAUUUUGGACGAGCUGACAGAUCUAUCGAGUACGUUUUCACCAUCGGAGCAAAUGAAGGUUGAACCAGGCGACGGUUCUACCACAAAUGAGGAAAAAUUCGGCAGUUUGGAUGACGUUCUAGAUAAGUUUACGGACCUAUCGACGACAUUUUCACCAGCUGAAACGAAGGUGGAAAACUCGGAACAAGUUGUGGAAAGUACCACACCUUCGAACAGAAAGUCUAUCACAAAAGAGGAGAUAGCGAUUUCGAAGGAUAAUAGAAUUACAAUCAACAUAACUACAGACAUUUAAUAUUUGGCUUAGCAUAGUUUUAAGCUUUAGAAAUUGUGUACUUACAAACUGAACCAGUAUUGAACCAGUAAUGUUUAGAACUUUGUUGAUUACAGUAAUAAAUGACACAUUUAUUAGG